AUGCAAGUGACUUACCGUAAGGUUGCGGGAAUUUACCGGGUCAGAGCUUCUUCUGGGGAUGCUAGACACCAGGGCUUUGUUGGCGGUCAAAAGUCAAAGCCCCUGGCUUGCAACAUGCGCAGAUUCGAAAAGCCAGCGGUACAAAGGAAAGACCAGGGGGAGAAACUUGCUUUGCGAGAAAGAAGGGCGAGAAAAGGCGGUCAGGUUGUAUCAGCACAAGGGUGGGAUGAAUUCCCAUUUUUCAAGGGUGUAUAUAUCAAGUAG